GCAAAUUGGCGGCUUCGGACUAACACACAAUUUGUUGAAAAUUUGAGACAAUUUUCGGUGCAGACGCCACAGCAUUUAUUGCUGUCCAAUUACAUAGUCUUUAAAUGCAUAUCUAAACGGAAACAGCAUAUUGCACAUGGCCACGCUCGUCGAGACAUUGCGGGCCCACUGGCUAAUCGCUGCCUUUGGCCUGAUACUCUUCAUCGCCGGCUCCAGCGUCCUCUAUUGGAACGAGGGACGGGCUGUGCACACAAUGAUGGCCUUGGAUGAGACCUAUGCCGAUGUCUACUCGAUGCAAUUCACCGAGGAGGAGCAGGAUCAGACGUUCGAUAAUCGGAUUGUACAUUUAUCGGGUCCAAUUAUAUGCGGUGAACCGCUCACCGAGCCGGACUACAACAUCCAGCUGAUGGCCGUGAAAUUGAGGCGGCGCGUACAAAUGUACCAGUGGGUGGAGGAGGCCAUCGAUAAUCACUUUGGCGACAGCGAAGAUUCGGUGCAUUCGGAUACUCGUAGCUAUUACUAUAAGCGCGAGUGGCGCGAUGAUCUUGUUGACUCGCGCCGCUUCAACAGCCGUCGUGGUCACCAGAAUCCGCAGCGUUUGCCCAUCGAGAGCGUCUUACAGGUGGCCGAUGCCGUCUACAUUGGCAAAUACGAACUGGGCGGCGAGGUGAAGAACAAGUUCAACAACUAUCAUGAACUAACUUCCGAUAUACGGCCGGAGGAUAGCAGCAUCAAGAUGCACCUGGGCCUCUACUAUCAUGCCAACGAUGUGUUCAAUCCGGAGGUGGGUGAUCUGCGCAUACUCUUCACGUACGCCGGCAUGGAGGGUGAAAUCUAUAGCAUAGUGGGCAAAUUGCAGGGCAACAAGGUGGAGCCGUAUAUCACCACACGCGGUGUGCCCGUGCUCCUAUUGCAUCACGGCGAGAUCAGUGCAGCGGAACUGUUUCGCAUGGAGUAUCGUGCUCAGGCGCUGCACACCUGGUGGUGGCGGUUCGUCGGCUGGCUGCUCAUCUUCUUUGGAGUCACGUGCAACACAAAGAUGCUGCGCCUGUUACUGCUGCGCGUGCCGCCGCUGAUGGGUCUGGCGCCGGAUUUGCAUUUCCCUGUGACUGGGAAUUUUGUGAUCGCCUUCUCGCUGGCAUUGACGAUAGCGGCGAUCGCGUGGAUUCUGCAUCGUCCUGUGAUCGGUGCCUGCCUCUUUAUGGCCGGCGCCUCGCCCUACGUUUGGCUAACCCGCAAUCUAGUCGAUUAUCAGCGUGUGGAUUGAGCUAAGCCGUCUAUCCUUAAAAAUACAUACAGGUUCUCCCGUAACUCAAAUACUUAUAUAUAUAUAUAUAUAUAUCUCCAUAUAUAUUUACAAAUAAAUGUUUAACUUGUAGCUGUAUCUUGAGUGUGCCAUGUCUGCAGUCAAUAAAAACCAAAUAACACUUAA